AUUUAUAUCAGUCAACUUAAACUCAUCUAAGAUAUGAUCACAUUAAACUCCGUCAAAUUUAUAUUAGUCAACUUAAUAGGAGUAAUUGAAUUUCAUAAUCCCUCUAGUGGGAUCGUUUUAAGUCGAUAUGGUAUUUUUUGCUGGUAGACUUGGGAGUCGAUAGCGUCAGGUCAAAGAUUUUGUGAAGAUCGUGAAGCUGCAGUGCAAUAAUAUAAUUGCGCAAAUUAUUAAAUUAUAAUAUCACGUCACUGAAAAAGAUUUUGUUGACUAUGCAACCAUCUAGGGUUAGCUCUCCAUGCGCACAAGUAAUAAGCAAUCGAAUAAUCUAUUGAAUUGUUAGUCUAGUUAAUACUUCAUCUGAUCAUGCCAGUCCAGUUGGAGGCAAAAUCAAGUUAUAAUAAAAUCUAUAAAGGUCGACACUUGCCGCUUAAAAUAUAUGUAUACACACACCAUAUAUAAUCAAGUUAGUCGGAUGAUACCCGAAAACCCUCAAUAAAAUCUAUGAUAAAAUGUUUUUGAUAGAAAGAAAAACUUAAAAUAAUUGAUCACAGGCUUAUGCAGGUUCAUUGAGCCACCGAGCUCUCUCUCUAUAUAUAUAUAUCAAAUGUAGACUCAUAUGAUAUAAACACACACAUUAUUUUGGUUUCGAAGAGUGUGUAGUUUGAGAGAGAGAGAUAGAUAUUCUUAGCUAAUGGGUUCAGUAGAAGGUGAAGAAGAGUUGUUGAUAGCACAGGCAGAAGUAUGGAAACUAAUCCAUGGAUAUAUAGACUCUGCAACAAUCAAGUGUGCUUUUGAGCUUGGAAUUGCUGACCUAAUCCACAAAAAUGGAGGCACAAUUUCCUUGUCUCAAUUGGCUUCAGGGAUUGUUGAUCCAUCCCAUGUUGACUCUGCCUACCUUGCCCGCUUAAUGAGAUACCUUGUUCGGAAACAAGUUUUUAGUCAGCAUGAGAAGAUUGGCGAAGAGACUCUCUAUGGUUUGACUCCCAAGUCAAGAUGGUUAGUAACUGAUUCGGACACAACCCUAACCCCAAUGGUGGUAUUACAGAACCCAUCACCACUCCAUGCUCCUCCUAAUGGGUCUGUUAAAGAAGGUGGACCAUGGGAUAAGGCCUCUCAGAACCCUGAAUUCAACAAUGUUUACAACCAUGCCAUGUCAUGUACUGCCAAACUUUUCAUGAAAGCAUUGCUUCCACACUACACAGAUGGACUUAUUGACAGCAUCAAAACAUUGGUGGAUGUUGGGGGUGGCACUGGAACAGCAUUAGCUGAGGUUGUGAAAGUUCAUCCUCACAUCAAAGGCAUCAAUUUGGAUCUUCCUCAUGUUGUUGCCAUAGCACCGGACCACGCUGGUGUCAAGCAUGUUGGGGGUGACAUGUUUGAGGACAUACCAAAAGCCGAUGCAGUUCUCAUGCAGAGGGUGUUGCAUAGUUGGGGAGACAAUUACUGCGUGAAGAUUUUGAGGAAUUGCAGAAAAGCCAUGCCGGAGAAAGGGGGGAAGCUUAUUUUGGUGGAAAUCGUUUUGAAAGGUGAUGGGAGUGGGAGUUUUGGUGAUGUGGGGUUGAUUUUUGAUAUGUUGAUGCUUUUCUACACCUUGAAUGGAAGGGAGAGGACUGAAGCUGAGUGGAAGGCAUUGUUGAAAAAAGGGGGGUUUCCUCGUUACAAAAUUAUUGAAAUUCCUGCCUUGGUUUCAGUCAUCGAGGCUUAUCCAGAAUGACAUACCUUCCUACUUACAGAAUUCUUCCUGGUGUGAUUUUGGUAUUGUGUGAAUCUGUGAUAUGUAUUUGAUGUUGUUAGUACUGUUGGAAAAAUAAUCACGCAAACCAGCUUGUUACCUAUAUAUUUGUACAUAUAAAACGUACGUAAAUGUUCUGUUUAUGUUGUUAA